GUUCAGCCUUGUCUGACUUGCGAUCCAUGCAAAUCGGAAUCGGAGUCAAAGAAGGUGAACCGCUCAAAGAGGAUCACCUUGCAGAAGUGGAUGAGACGCAGGCAACCAUUUGUGCCAAAACCAUUGCCAUUGACCUGCCCUGGAAGCAGGCAUAAGGUGGAACUGGUUUUCUCACCCCUGGCGAACAUGCAGGGCCUGCUGGGCUACCAUUCUUCAGUUCUAAUUGAUGGCGAGGAGUACUACUUUACUCCCAGUGGGAUCCGCUGCUACCCAAAGCUCUCGAGUCACAAGCGCAUGUCAGUUGAGAGAGUCGAAGUCGGAAAAAGUGUGCUUGGAGGCACUGCUUUGCUGGAUGCCCUUAGCAAACACUUUCAGCCCCGGACCUAUGACCUCCUCCGGAAGAACUGCAACAAUUUCACUGCAGCAGCCUUGCUGUGUUGGAAAGCCAAUGAUAGGCACAUCUUCAAAUGUUAA